AUGGUUCACCAGGUUGCGCUUGACGCGCUUCGCUGGGUAAAUGCACAAGAGAUGGACAUUGUGGACGAAAUUCCGGAAGCGCCGGCCCUUUUUCCCCCUUCCUUUUUUUUGGUAACUGUUGUUGUUGAGAUUGGAGAAUCAAGAAAUUCUUUUUCUCUCUCUCUUAAUUUACGGUUACAAUACGGGCCCUGCUCUUGCGUUGACGCAGUCGGAAGAAAAGAAGCCGGUCAAUGCAACCAGGGCUUUGACCACGAUCACCGUUCAUCUUGGGAUGCGCAACUGUUCUCCACCCAGGAGCUUCAGCAUAACCAGGAAAGGGCAUCAAUUGUCGCCCAUAAGCUGCUCCAAACCGACGGACUGCAACCCUGGUGCGAGACGUAUCUGGUGGCAUCCUAG